AUGGCUGCUGCUGCUCCUCCCAGACCUGCACCGAAACCUGGCAGAGUUCGAGUCUAUCGAGCCCUCUAUAAUUAUGAUGCAAGGACGGAUCAAGAGAUGUCGUUCACGGAAGGCGAUUUGCUCUACGUGAGCGAUCGAGGCCCGAACGAUGACUGGCUCCCAGCAACAUGCGGCGGGCGAAAAGGGCUGGUUCCAGCAAAUUACGUUGUCAGCGAAAAUGUCGAAGAAUUAUCAAAUCCACUACACGAAGCAGCACGACGAGGAAAUCUCCUCUUUUUGAAGGAAUGUAUUGGGAACCAGGUAUCAGUUAACAGUCUAGACAAAUCAGGCUCCACAGCACUUUACUGGGCUUGUCACGGUGGUCACAUAGAUGUAGUCAAGUAUUUGUUGCAACUUCCUGGAGUAACGAUCUCUUCACAGAACAAACUCGGUGAUACACCACUACACGCUGCAUCUUGGAAAGGUCACAAAGAAUGUGUGCAGUUGAUGAUUGACAACGGAGCUAACACCUGGGUACGAAAUCGCGAUCAAAAGCUACCAAUUGAUGUUGCUAAGGAUGCAGAUAUAGCGGGUAUAAUCGAUCAAGCAAUGCGGAGAGACACUAAAAAUGAAGACUGCGACAACGAGUAUGAAUCAGGAUCUGACAAAGAAGACUAA